UCAUAGUGAAAUCAAGUAAUUUGUAAUCUUACAAUGGAUCGAUUGCUACGACUUGGAACUGGGGCUGGUGGGUUAGGGCAAGCACCUUCCGGGGACGCACCCAUGGUCGAUACUGCUGAGCAAGUUUACAUUUCAUCGCUAGCUUUGUUGAAAAUGCUCAAACACGGCCGUGCUGGGGUCCCUAUGGAGGUCAUGGGGUUGAUGUUGGGAGAGUUUGUGGAUGAUUAUACUGUGAGAGUGAUUGAUGUAUUUGCGAUGCCACAGUCAGGCACAGGGGUUAGUGUGGAAGCUGUGGAUCCAGUGUUUCAAGCUAAGAUGUUGGAUAUGCUGAAGCAGACAGGGAGACCAGAGAUGGUGGUGGGAUGGUAUCAUUCACAUCCUGGGUUUGGCUGCUGGUUGUCAGGUGUUGAUAUCAACACGCAGCAGAGUUUUGAAGCNUUAUCUGAACGAGCUGUGGCCGUUGUUGUUGACCCUAUCCAGAGUGUAAAAGGCAAAGUGGUGAUCGAUGCUUUCCGUUUAAUCAAUCCAAAUAUGAUGGUGUUGGGCCAAGAGCCAAGGCAGACCACAUCCAACUUAGGCCACUUGCAAAAGCCAUCAAUUCAGGCUUUAAUUCAUGGCCUCAACCGGCAUUACUAUUCCAUUGCAAUCAACCAUAGAAAGAAUGAGCUUGAGCAGAAGAUGUUACUUAACCUCCAUAAGAGAAGUUGGAUUGAUAACCUUACUUUGGAGGAUUACAAUAACCACUGCAAAAAGAACGAGCAAACUACAUCUGACAUGCUCCAGCUUGCUAAGAACUACAAGAAAGCAUUAGAAGAAGAGGAAAAAAUGACGCCUGAGCAGUUAGCUAUUAAGAAUGUUGGAAAACAGGAUCCAAAACGUCAUUUAGAGGAAAAAGUUGACUCGCUGAUGACCUCUAACAUUACACAGUGUCUUGGGGCUGUCAUAGAUACUGUUGUGUUUAAAUGAAAAUUCUAUUUUUCGUUGUAAAAUCCUUCAUAACUGUUUAAAGUAUUGACAUAGGUUUGUCCAGAAAAUUAACUCAAAUUUUUAUCAAAUCCUUGUCUAAGAUUCAAGUUUGUUUAUUCUAGGAUAACACAAUUUUUGUUUGUUUUGGCUAUUUCAUUAACUUAAAAACUUCACAAUUCACAACAGCUGCUUUCAAAGUUCCCUAACCAUAUUUUUGUGCUUUUCAUUCAGUGAAAUUCCUGCUAUAAGUAAAUGUGCUGUAGCCUGUAUUAUAUAAGGAUGUUGUACCCGUGCAACUAA